CACAUACUUCAUUCAAAGUGUUCGAAAACUGGACUAAAUAUUAGUAAUUGUACAGAUAAUAAAAAUGCUUGUCAAUAUUAUAUAAUCGAGUUCUUGAAAUGCCACACAUGCCAGAUAUGGUUUUCCCAAAUAAUAUACUUUAUUUAAAACAUAAACAUGGAGCAAUUUUAGAAUUUUAUGCUUUGGAUGCCUUAAAAAGAGUGUCAAAUGGUAAAAUUAAUAUACAAUUAGCUUGUGCUGAAGCUUGGAGAGAAUCCAGAUUGGAUAGUAAAGAAUACAUGAAAGAAUCAAUAAAACCUUUUGACUGGACAUUUACCACAGAUUACAUGGGUACAAUGUCAGGAAUUCAAGUUGAAGAUACCGACGAAUGUAUUGAUAUAGAAAAAUUAAAACGUAAAGAUAAAAUUUUGUUCUAUGUCGAUCUUACCCUUUUUGAAGAUGAGUUGCACGAUAAUGGAAUAGCAUCUUUAUCAGUGAAAAUGCGAGUGAUGCCUGGAACUUACUUUAUUCUGCUUCGAUAUUUUUUGAGAAUUGAUAAAGUAAUGUUGAGAAUUAAUGAUACUCGCAUUUAUCAUGAAUUUGGCAAAGAUUAUUUAUUACGUGAAUAUACAUCAAGAGAAGCAAGGGUCGAGGAGAUAACUGUUUCUCCAUCACUUUUUGUACAACCGAAUGAAAUUGCACCUUAUUUGCCAUUAGUUUGUAAAUACAAUCAUAAAUUAAUUAUAUCACAGAAUUCAGAACAUCCUUCAAUUAAUACAAAUUUAUCCAAUUCGACUUGCAAGUGA